GCCUAUAUUGAGACAUUCGUGGCUUUUCAAUUUUUACAGUACUUUCGGGUUCGUUCAUCUGGCACUACGACUAUCCCCGUGCCUUUUUUGUAGACACAAAAGCACCUCUUUUUCUGGCUUGAAAUCGUGUUCCCCAAAAAGCAGCAAUGUGAACAGAAAAGCAGUAUGACUUCUUUCGAAUCCGCCGUCGCAUCGGCCAUUGCGUUGGGGGCAUUAUCGGGUUGUUUUGUUCUGGUUCGGUUUGUGGCACGUAUUGCUUUCGUCAAGCACGUUGGACCCGAUGAUGGCCUCAUCGUACUUGCAUGGGGUGCUGCUGUAGCGCUGGCAGUUGUUGCUCAUCAACAGAGCAACGACAAUGUAUCUUCGAGAUCAUCAUCAUCAUCCUCGUCGUCGUCGGAAGCCGGAAGUGGCAUGACGACGCUGCUCAAGCAACUGUGGUCGUCGAAUCUGACCUACAACCUCGCCGUCUUACUCCUCAAAGACUCCCUUUUAUUGCAGUAUCUUCGAUUUUCAAAGGAUAUCGGGUACAGGCGAGCGUGCUGGGCGUUGGGCGCCAUCAUCACCAUCUACGGAGUCACGGCCUUCUUCGUCGGCAUUUUCUCCUGUCAGCCGAUCAACUUCAGCUGGAACAACAAAGUCUCGGGCGGCAGGUGUAUCAAUUUCCUGGCGUUUUGGCUCUUCAACGCAUCUUUCAACUCUGCCACAGACAUCAUCGUCUUCGUUUUACCUAUACCAGUGCUGCGGGCAUUGCAACUCCCCAGACAGCAACUAUGCAUCUUGUCUUGCAUCUUUGUCCUUGGGCUCUUUGUCUGUAUAGCAUCAAUCAUCCGUCUAACAGCAGUGUACUCGGCCAUCGUCACGCAGAAAAACGACCCAUCCAUAGCAGUCUGGUCGACAGUCGAAGUGAACGUUGGGAUCAUCUGUGCCUGUCUACCAUCGAUCCGCCACCUGUUGGCACAGGCUUCGCCUAGGAUCCUAGCCGCUUUCCGACCCCGUCUCAACUUUCCUCAGCACCAUCCACCACAAACUCCCACCACUGUUAGCAGUAGUUUCCCGCAGACUUCCGAAGAAAAGAAAACAGCCACAUUCGAACUAAAGGCGUGCACUUCGGACAGUGACGCCGCAUCAUCCCACCACAGUCCAACCACUUGGCGUCAAUCCGACGAGGAAGCCAUCACUCCACGAGAAACACCAUCAUCUCCGACAUCUGUAUAUGAAUCUACCCCUUCCUCGCCCUCCAUAUCAACCAUCAGAGCUGUCGACGAUCAGCCCGAAGAGGAAGAAAACGAACGAGAAGACAAUGACGACAAUACUAAACCCCUUCCUCUCCCACCACAACCUUUCAUUCCUGCCCCUGCCACUCGCCCUUCUGGCCCUCGUCCCAACACCUCCUCCUCCCGCCCACAAAAGCCACAACAUUCUCGCACCCACUCUCGUUGGCGCUCACGGUCCCGCUCCCGAUCUCGCACACGUUUUGACCUGGCCAUAAUUCCCGAAGCCGACUCUAAGCGGUCGAGCAUAGUCCAAUUCCCAGACUCUAGCCUCACACGUAAUACUACUGCAACUAGUAGUAGUCCAAAGUCACCUCUCCGACCUCAAGGUUCACGACCACAGCCAUCCGCCCAGACAGUUCCUCCUGUAUCCACCAUCACGACUCCCAACACCACCACGCCGUACCACCGCAUUGCACCCUGGACUCAGCAACAACACCUGUCGGUGGCGGCGUGGUCUCCUUCAUCCCCGCCGUCGUCGCCGGAGAGGACUUCGACCUACAGCUACGAGAUCCUCGGCGGACCUCGAGCGCAAGCCCGCAACAAUACCGACGACGCAAAGUCACCUUCGUCGCCCUCGCCCCCCUCAUCUCCCAACAAAGGGACCGCCACGACGGCCGGAGGCGGUGGUUCCAGACCGAAAUUGUUCGGCCCCUCAUCCUCCGCCAUCACCCCGUCCAAAUCCAUGCGGGAACGUGCCGCGAGGGAAAAGGAACGAAACCGGCGGAAAGAGAGGGAACGAGAACGAGAGGAAGAACGUUUACAAGAGCGGUCGAGGCAGAAACGGGACGGUGAAAGACCCCGGGGCCCCAGAGAGAUGACAUGAUCACGAUAUGACACUUUCGACGUAGAAUUCCUCCUUCUGUUUCUUUCUUUUUUGGGCCCAAUACAUUGGACCUAAUACAUACCCAGGUAUCCAGCCGAUACGGUGUAUAUAUACAUUUAUGUUUAAUCUAGGGUGAUGAUGUCUAGGCAUUAAUAUAUAACUGCGUGUGC